AUGGAAAAAGGAGCCACCCUCUCUACCAAUGAUCCGUCCGUAACCCAAUUAGACGCCCAAGUCGUCGAAGUCCUCCACGCAGAGGCCACUCCAAAAGAAGAGAAGGCAAUUCUUCGGAAAAUUGAUAUGCACAUCAUACCAGUUAUGGCUGUAUGCUACAUGCUUCAGUACAUGGACAAGGUUACUUUGGGUUACGCCACCCAGUUAAACAUAAGAGCAGAUCUUAACCUCCGAGGUAGCGAAUAUAGCUGGUGCUCAUCCGUCUUCUACUUUGGGUAUCUCUUCUGGAGCUGGCCGAGCAGCUACAUCUCCGUUCGCUUCCCGCUGGGCAAGUACCUGGGGGCCUCCGUGGCCCUCUGGGGCGUGGUGCUAACCACCCACGCGGCCUGCACCAACUUCGGCGGCCUGUUAACCGCCCGUUUCUUCCUAGGCGUCACCGAGGCAGCGGUGGCGCCGGGCUUUUCGCUCAUCACGGGGAUGUUCUACAAGACCUCGGAGCAGCCGUCACGUAUGACACUGUGGUUUCUCGGCAACGCCGUCGCCAAUGUCGUGUCCGGUCUCAUCGCGUACGGAAUUGGCCGGAUUGACUCGCAUAUCGCCGCGUGGAAGUUACUCUUUAUAAUCCUCGGUGUGAUUACCGUCGCGUAUGGCAUUUUCCUGGGGCUCAUUCUCCCCGACUCGCCCUCGAAAGCCUGGUUCUUGACCGCCGCUGAAAAGAAGAUCGCACUGCACCGGACCUUGGAGAACCGGACUGGUGUGAUGGAUGAAGGGGACUUCAAGGUCUCCCAGAUGCUGGAUGCACUGACGGAUCCACAGGCCUGGUUGCUGGUUGGUUAUAGUCUCACUCAGAAUAUCCCGAAUGGAGGGUUCAGUUCGUUCAGCAGCAUAAUCAUCAAUGGCUUUGGCUUCAGUGAGCUCAAUUCCCUUCUCCUCUCAGCCCCCAGCGGUCUUCUCCAGAUCCUCGCCAUCGGCGGCAUCUGCCUCGCGGCCACCUACGUCCCCAAAAGCCGGAUCAUCACGAUGAUCGUAGUGAUCGUGUUUGCGCUCGUGGGCGUGAUUCUGAUGAACACCUUACCUGAUUCCAACCGCUGGGGACGCUGGGUGGGGAUUUUCCUGUUGGGCCCGUUUGCCACUAGUAUUCCCAUCUCUUUGAGUCUGAUCACGUCGAAUGUCGGGGGUUUCACGAAAAAGGCAACCGUCUCGGCAAUGGUGUUUCUCGCGUAUUGUACGGGGAAUAUCAUUGGACCUCAGUUGUUCUUUGCUGAUGAGGCUCCAAAGUAUCCUACCGGACUGAGAGGAGUUCUAGCUGGAUUCGCUCUAGCAAUCUUCUUCCUCAUCCUUUUAUAUAUCUACUACGAGUACGAGAAUCGACGACGCGACAGGAAAUACGGCCCCCCUAAUCAGGAAGCCGCAGAGGAUUACGUGACAGAGGACAGUUUGAAUCGUACCGACAGACAAAACCCGUCUUUCAGGUAUACAUUAUAA